UAUGAUAUCGAAUGAUACUUUGACUCCAAUGUAAUAAACAGCUUAAUUUUAUAUACCUCCUGGAUUUAGUUUUCAUAAAAGAAGUCUAAAGAGACUCAACCCUCAAAAUGACAAGGAUCAAAUACAAACAAUUAAUAAUAUCAACCCAACACUAAAUAUAAAGUCAAAUAGUUAACCAAAUUUAUUAAAUCUAACAAGAGAUAAAAAUUUCUCAUUUCAUUUCGAUUCAUAAUAACAACCAGUGUAAUAAAACUCAAUUAAAAAACAACUUUGUCUACUGGGGAUAUAGUAGAGAUUACUAUUCCCAAGAAUCACUUUUAAAAAAUAGAAUUCUCUCGACAUUGAUGCAAUUAAUACUGUUUCCUCUCCUGAGAAAAGUAAAAAAAUGUUAAGAGCUUUAUUAAUGCCUUAAAAAAAAAUGUAAAAUAUUGUAUAUUAAAACAAUCAUCGUUCAACAAAGUCAUAAGGUAGAAGUUUUUUAUAAAGUCGACCAUAAUUAAAUUUAUUGAAUAGAAUUUUCUCCUCUAAAUCUUAACAUGAACUAUGA